AUGUUGUGGCGUUCUCAGACACACCGUAUCGGCCGACGGUGUGCACGUAGCGGACGUCCGGGCAAAAAUUUGCUGCUGUUAACCACUGAAGAGAGCGGUUACGUUGAAUUCAUAUCCAAAUAUGAGAGUUUGCGUAUGGAAAACAUUAAAAUCAAAACGUCGAAUGCGUUGAAAGCUGAAGAAUUACGAAUUAGGACCAUCAAAAUGGCCGUCCAAGAUCGCGAUAUCCUGGAAUGUGGUACCAGAGCGUUUGUAUCGAUGAUCGAAUCGUAUGUGAAACACGAUUGUGGUAUUGUUUGUGGGUUGAAAAAUUUAAAUGUGGUCGGUCUAGCGCAUGCGUACAGCUUGCUGAGGCUACCUCGAAUGCCCGAGUUGAAAGACCGCGAUUUGAGCGCAUUCAAACGUUCUGAUGAAAUUGAUACAUCGCAAAUAAAAUUCCAGCAGAAAUCAAGGGAAAUUCAACGUCUGAAGCAACGAAAACUGAAAAAUGAGGAAAAAUCACUGGAAAAAGCGCAGAAAAAUGCAUCCGAAAAGAAAAAAGAAAUGGAAAUGGAAAAUGCAAUGGAAAGCAAAAGGAAAAGAAAAAUUUCUAAAGAUGAUGACAGCACAAAUAAUAGUAAGGAAGAGGACUGGGAGGAAAUGGCUAGCGAUAUGGCAUUGUUGAAGAAGUUCAAGAGAGGACGACUCUCGAAAAAGGAAUUAUCUGAGCUUCUAGACGAUUAA